CCAUCCUGCUCUGCUUCGGUUCAGUGUUUUUUUUUUCUUCUCAGGAGAAAGAGAGGAGUUGGAGAGCCCGGCUUCAACUGAACAACACUCCUGUCUGCUGAAUGCACCCAAACUAACAGCAGGACACGCCGACAAAAGACACUUUUAUGAGACGCACAGUCGAUUUAGAUAAAGACUGUAGAGAGAAAAUGUGAAGAUCUUCGGUUGUCACAGUGUUGGAGAAGUCGGCAGUAAACCGGGAAAGAUGGCGAGGACUCACGCUCGCAUGUUGCUCGCUUUGGCUCUGCUGGGAAUUUUCUUCCUCGAUGUGUCGGUGAAAGCAGAGCAACAGGAGGAGGAGGAGGAGAGAUCCUGUCAGGGAGCUUUCGACCUCUAUUUUGUCCUCGACAAGUCUGGAAGUGUGAAACAUCACUGGAUAGAGAUUUACUCCUUCGUCGAACAGCUGGCGGAGAAGUUUAUCAGCCCCAUGCUGCGGAUGUCCUUCAUUGUCUUCUCCACACGAGGAAACAUCAUCAUGAAACUGACUGAGAACAGGGAGUCGAUCGAUGGAGGCCUACAGGCUCUAAGGAGGGUUGUACCUGGAGGAGACACGUUCAUGAAUUUAGGCCUGGAGAUGGCUAACGCGCAGAUAUUCCAAGAGAAGCAAGGGACAGCAAGUGUUAUUAUUGCUCUGACUGAUGGAGAACUGAAUGAGUGGCAGUUUGACACCGCUCAGCGAGAGGCACAGAGGGCCAGGUCAAUGGGAGCCAUUGUUUAUUGUGUAGGGGUCAAAGAAUUCAACCAGACCCAGCUUGCAACGAUUGCAGAUACCAUGGAGCAUGUGUUUCCUGUAUGGGGAGGCUUCCAAGCCCUCAGGGGAAUCAUUGACUCGAUUAUCAAGAAGUCCUGCAUUGAGAUUCUCGCUGCGGAGCCGUCCAGCGUGUGUGCAGGAGAGAGUUUCCAGGUGGUGGUGAGAGGCAAUGGGUUUCUGCAUGCAAGAAAUACCAACCAGGUCCUCUGCAGUUUCAAACUGAAUGACACACACACUAUCGAUGAGAGACCAGCUGGAAUAGAAGACACCUUCCUGCUCUGCCCUGCUCCUGUCAUAGAGGAGGUUGGGAGGGUGAUCUACCUCCAGGUGAGCAUGAACGAGGGCAUCUCUUACAUCACCAGCUCCGUUCACAUCACUACAACUGAAUGUUUUGACGGUACCAUUGUGUUGAUAUCGUUGCUGGUGGUGUUCCUGCUGCUGGCUGUGCUGCUGAUGUGGUGGUUCUGGCCUCUCUGCUGCACUGUGGUGAUCAAAGAACCUCCACCUCCUCCUCCUCCAGAACCAGAAUCAGAUGAUGAAGAUGGGAUGCCAAAGAAGAGGUGGCCCACAGUGGACGCAUCCUACUAUGGAGGAAGAGGAGUGGGUGGCAUCAAACGCAUGGAGGUGCGAUGGGGAGAGAAGGGCUCCACCGAGGAGGGUGCUAAGCUGGACAAACCUAAAAACGCCGUUGUAAAGAUGCCAGAGCAGGAAUUUGAACCAUACGAGCCCAAGCCACGGAAACCACCUCGCCGCCCCCCACAGCAGAGGAGGUGGUACACGCCCAUCCAGGGGAAGCUGGACGCUCUGUGGGCUCUGUUCAGGAGAGGUUAUGACCAGGUGUCUCUGAUGAGGCCGCAGCCUGGAGACGAGGGUCGUUGUAUUAGUUUCCAGCGGGUCAAAGAUGCAGAGUCCACCUCAAACAACCGGCCUCCUCCUCCUCCUCCUCCUCACACACAUCUCUCUAAUAUAUCACCUCCGUCGCCGCCUCCUCCACAUGCCGAACAGCGACCCCUGGUCUCCAACUCUGUUCCCCGUACGAAGCCGCCGUCAAGAGGGCCCCGCACCACGCCCCCCGCCCGAGCACCCCCCUCCGUGACCCAACCCCCUCCUGGUCCGCCUCCAUCUCGUGUCCCUCCUGGACCUCCAGGACCACCGCCAUCGCGACCCCCACCCAGGCUCUGAUUAAGAGGAGAACACCUCGACACAUCAUGUCCUCGUUUAAGACUCAGGCAGCAGAGAGAGACAUCAAAAUGUUAUGAGGCAGGAGCUCCGGCCUGGAGCUCUGUGCUUUGUUGCUGGACAGCAAAAAAUAUUUAUCUGAUUUUAAAGUCAAACAGGAAAACAGCAUGUAGUCACCUGAUGAAGCCUGUGUGUACAGUUAGAUGUCGGUGUUUUGCAGAGGUAAGAGGAAGUGCAAACCUUUCUGGAGAUGUAUCCCAAAGGAAUGAAAUGUCAGCGAAAGUUAGAUUGAGACAGUUUGUUUGAAUGACAAAUGUAAAUAAACGUUUACUUUGGGGUAAGUAGGGAAUCAUGACUUUAAGGAUAAGGGGUGUGGUGAGAAAUUCAGCCGUAAGUGAGAGAUGAAAGCUGAAUGUUGGUUCUGGUUUUUAGACACGUUAGGUUUCACACUGUUUCACCUUUUAAACCAAAGAAACUUUUUCUACAUCUUUGUUAAAUUUAGUGUAUAACUACAGCGAUCUUAUUGUAACUGCAGGGCAGUUUCACCAUACUUUAUUUAUUUCAGCACAAGCCCUUCCUGCAUCUGUUCUUUAUUUAGUAUCAGCUGGGUUUCUUGUUGUUGUUUUUUAAAAUCACUGCGGGAGGGGAUUAUCAAGGUUGAUAUGAGGGGGGGCUUCCUGGCAUGGCUGAUCAGAUGUAUUUGUGGUCCUAAUGGCGCCUUCUAGUGGAGGGUUUUUUUUUUAUUGAACUUUUGUAUCUUCAGGGUUUUCUGUAUUCUGCAUUUACUGACUGAAAUGAUCAUUUGCAUUGUUUCUUUAUUAACAACCUUUUUUUUCUUUUUUCAAUAAACAAAGUGGGAUUUUU